AUGCCCGAAUAUGGAGCAUCGCUCGAGGAGCUUCGAGCUCUUAUGGAGUAUCGAGGCGCCGAAGCAAAAGAGAAAAUAGAGAAUGAUUAUGGAGGGAUAAACGGAUUAUGUCAGAAACUGCAAACAGAUCCCAAUAAUGGUCUGCCGAAUACGGAAACCGAGUUGACAAAACGGCGAGAAGUGUUCGGAGCGAAUGAGAUCCCACCGCAUCCGCCGAAAUGUUUUCUUCAGCUUGUUUGGGAAGCACUUCAAGAUGUUACCCUUGUGAUUCUUCUUGUUUCUGCUAUUGUCUCGCUUGCCUUGUCAUUCUAUCGGCCGCCCGGUGAAGAAACCGUUGGUGUCGAUGAUGGUGAACACGAUGCUGGAUGGAUCGAAGGUGUCGCUAUCCUGAUUUCUGUCAUUGUUGUCGUUUUGGUUACUGCUCUCAAUGAUUACACGAAGGAAAGACAAUUCAGAGGACUUCAAGCUAAAAUUGAAACCGAACAUCGAUUCUUUGUGAUCCGUGGCGGACAAUCCGUGCAGGUCGUCGUCAAUGAGUUGGUGGUUGGAGAUGUGGCUCAGAUAAAAUAUGGUGACCUGUUGCCUGCUGAUGGUGUUGUAAUCCAAUCGAAUGAUCUUAAAAUUGAUGAAUCGUCUCUCACCGGUGAAUCUGAUCAGAUUCGUAAGAGCCCUGAUCACGAUCCGAUGCUUUUGUCUGGAACUCACGUUAUGGAAGGAUCUGGAAAAAUGCUUGUCACCGCUGUUGGUGUCAACUCUCAAACUGGUAUCAUCAUGACGCUUCUUGGAGCCGCGAAAUCGGUCGCCGAGGAAGAACGGAAAACGGCGAAACGCGAAGGUGGCGACGGAGCAUGCGGAGCUGAAGAAGGCACUGCACAGGCACUUCUCGGAAAAGGUGAAGAGGCAUUGGCAAACGGCAAAAUUGAUGCGGCUGCUGAUGAUUCGAACAAGAAGGAGCGUUCGGUUCUUCAGGCGAAACUCACGCGAUUGGCUAUUCAGAUUGGAUAUGCAGGAUCAUUUGUUGCUGGAUGCACUGUGAUCAUUCUCAUCAUUCGUUUCUGUAUUUCUCGCUAUGCUAUUGAAGGAAAAUCGUUCUCAUUGGCUGACUUCCAGCACUUCAUCAACUUCCUCAUCAUCGGUGUCACUGUGCUUGUCGUCGCUGUGCCGGAAGGACUUCCACUUGCCGUUACGUUGUCCCUUGCUUAUUCCGUUAAGAAGAUGAUGAAAGACAAUAACUUGGUUCGCCAUCUUGAUGCUUGCGAAACUAUGGGUAAUGCCACGUCGAUUUGCUCGGAUAAAACUGGAACUCUCACCACGAAUCGAAUGACUGUCGUCCAAUCGUUCAUCAACGAUGUUCACUACAAGGAGACACCCAAGAUUGAGCAACUCGACAAGAACACCCUUAAGAUGAUGGUGGAUUGUAUCUCGAUCAACUCGAGCUAUUCGUCGCAAGUUAUUCCGCCGAAAAUGUUGGGAGAGCAGGCGACGCAACUCGGUAACAAAACCGAAUGCGGAAUGCUCGGAUUUGUUUUGGCAUUAGGAAAAAGCUAUCAGGAGAUUCGUGAUCGUCAUCCAGAGGAGACUAUUCCAAAGGUUUACACUUUCAACUCUGUUCGUAAGAGCAUGUCGACUGUUAUUAACCUUCCUGAUGGCGGAUACCGUGUGUUCAGCAAAGGAGCUUCGGAAAUUGUUACUAAACGAUGCAAAUGGUUCAUGGGAAAGAACGGGCAGAUCAAGAAGUUCACAACGAAGGAUGCUGAGAAUCUUGUUCGCGAUGUGAUUGAGCCAAUGGCUUCUGAUGGAUUGAGAACAAUCUGUGUGGCCUACAAGGAUUACGUUCCAGCUAGCAAGAAGACCGAAGAUAACCAGAUCGCUUACAACUCGGAGCCAGAUUGGGAUAAUGAAGAGCAGAUUGUCGGCGACAUGACGGCGAUCGCGAUUCUCGGAAUUCAGGAUCCUGUGCGUCCGGAAGUUCCCGCCGCUAUCACCAGAUGCCAAGAAGCCGGUAUCACCGUCAGAAUGGUCACUGGAGAUAACAUCAACACUGCCCGCUCGAUUGCUACUGCUUGUGGAAUCUUGAGACCAGGAGAGGACUUCAUCGCUCUCGAAGGAAAGGACUUCAAUGCUCGUAUUCGCGAUGAGAACGGCGAAGUAUCCCAGGAGAAGCUGGAUCAGAUUUGGCCAAAAUUGAGAGUGUUGGCUCGUGCUCAGCCAUCCGAUAAGUACACGCUCGUCAAAGGUAUUAUCGACUCGAGAGUCACCGAUUCGCGAGAAGUCGUCGCUGUCACUGGUGACGGUACUAAUGACGGUCCAGCUUUGAAGAAGGCCGAUGUCGGAUUUGCUAUGGGAAUUGCUGGUACUGAUGUAGCUAAAGAGGCUUCGGAUAUUAUCCUUACCGAUGACAACUUCACCUCGAUUGUUAAGGCUGUGAUGUGGGGAAGAAAUGUUUAUGACUCGAUUGCGAAAUUCCUUCAAUUCCAAUUGACUGUCAACGUCGUUGCUGUCGUUGUUGCAUUCGUCGGAGCUUGCGCUAUUCAAGACACACCACUCAAGGCCGUCCAAAUGCUCUGGGUUAACUUGAUUAUGGACACCCUUGCAUCGCUUGCUUUGGCCACUGAAAUGCCGACGGAAGAGCUGCUCAAGAGAAAACCGUACGGAAGAACCUCGCCACUCAUUUCACGUACGAUGAGCAAAAACAUUCUUGGACACGCCUUCUACCAGCUUGUCAUUUUGUUUGUCUUGAUCUUCUACGGAGAGGUUUUGUUUGAUAUCCCAUCCGGACGUUGGGCUCCACUUCAUUCGCCUCCAUCGGUUCACUUCACUAUUAUCUUCAACACGUUCGUCAUGAUGACAUUGUUCAACGAAAUUAACGCCAGAAAAAUUCACGGAGAGAGAAAUAUCUUCAAGGGAUUGUUCUCGAAUCCGAUCUACUACGUCAUCUGGAUCGCAACAAUGGCUUCGCAAGUCAUCAUUGUACAGUUCGGAGGAAUGUGGUUCAGCACUGCCAAACUGAACCUCACCCAAUGGCUUUGGUGUUUGGCUUUCGGUGUUGGAACUCUUCUCUGGGGACAGAUUGUCACAACGAUUCCAACUGGAUCGCUUCCAGCUAACAUGACAAUCGGAUCUGGUGAAGCUCCAGACAAUGAUCCAUUGAUGCCUGAUUACGAAGACGCUGAUACUCAUGAGAAACGUUCCGGACAAAUCUUGUGGGUCCGCGGAUUGACAAGGCUUCAGACACAGCUUCGCGUCGUCAAAGCGUUCCGAUCUUCUCUUGAAGACUUUGAAGAUCGGCGAUCGAUUGCCUCAACACACUCGAUGCAAUCGAUGCGAGGAUUGUGGGGACGUCAUACAACGACGGCGGCGUCGCCGGAUCUCGCUGGAACUCGGCAUGCGAUGGCGGCGUUGAGCCACCGGCAGAGUCCGCAACCGUAUCCGUACUAUCAUCAUCAGCAGCCGCGGACACCGUCACCUCAGCCGCAUAUUGUAGUUGAGAACGGCACGGCGGCGUCGGCAACGACGAACGGCAAAAUGGAGAAGGUGCCGUUAGUUCAGCAAUGGUCCCCGGAUACGAACUCGUCGUAUACGCAAACGCAACGAAGCAUGAAUAAGAGCAUGUCGCUGGAUACGCCGGUCUCUGUGGCGCACGUUUAA